GGUUCUCGCACCCAUUGAGCACCGCCUACCUGUUGGACGAGUUUAUAGUGCAUAAGGUGCCGCCCAGCUCGUCAUACACACUGGGGAGAACUGGCAGGUGCAGUCACUCAGCUCCAACAUGUCGUUAGGCCAGCAGUCCCAGACCUGGUUCCCCACUCACGUCCAGGUGACCGUGUUGCAGGCGAAAGCCCUCAGGUCAAAGGGUAAAGCUGGCUCCAACGAUGCGUACGCCAUCAUCCAGCUGGGCAAGGAGAAGUACUCCACCACCGUGGCCGAGAAGGCAGUGGCCCCCGUGUGGAAAGAAGAGGCCACUUUCGAGGUGCCCCUGCUCCACAAUGACAACCAGGAGCGGUGUACGGUGCGGGUCAUCGUCAUGCACAGGGCCCUGGUGGGAAUGGACAAGUUCCUGGGGCAGGUAGAGCUCAAUCUGUGGGAGCUUCAUCAGACCAAGAACAGGAGAAAAGUUCAAUGGUACCCACUGAAGUCAAAACCGGGGAAAAAAGAGAAGGAACGUGGGCAGAUAGAAGUUGAAAUCCAGUUCAAGAGAAACAACAUGACUGCCAGCAUGUUUGACCUGUCUAUGAAAGAGAAAUCUCGCUCACCUUUUGGAAAGAUAAAGGACAAGCUUAAGGGAAAACAUCGGGAUGGUUUCCCAGAUACUGCUUCUGCUAUAGUUCCUAGCUCAAGCCAAUACCCUGAUGACAGCGAUGAAGAGAUGCCUGAGGCCGAAAAAAAGAAAUUUAAACUGAAAACCAUGUUUAACAAACCUGGACUGAAGAAGAACUCCAUUUCUCAGUCCAUGUCUGUCUUACCAACGUUCCAGCCUUCUUCUCAAAAAACAGUCUUAAAGCCUAGUGACUUUUCGUCAGAUUUUAACCAGCAAGCAUCAGGAUCUCCAGUAUCUGAAAGGAAAUUCCCACAUCUUCCUGUGAUAAUGACCCACAAAAGAACAGCAAGUGCUGAUACCAAGCAACUGAACCAAAUAACCUCAAACAACAAGAAAGAAGGGCUCUCUCUCUUCAGUGGCAUGAGGUCCAAGAAUGAUCCCAUCACUCGCUCCAACCUAUGCAUCAAUGGGAAUCAUGUAUAUAUGGAACAGACUGAACCAAGAAGCGAAAGUCCUAAAGACGGCUCUCACAGCAACUCCCCACAAAUCUCUAGAAAAACUCCACUUUAUGCCUCUGCUGAAAACCUGUCUUCUAAACCCUCCAAAGAAACUGUAACCACAUCAAAUAACAUUCCAGAAAAUGUGCUAUCCUCCUCUUCCUCUAGUGAUUCCGUCAAGUCUUUGACAUUACCAGCCCAACAAAACUCCAGAGCUGAAGAACCCAGAUCCAAAAGUCCUCCUCUGGUAGCAGAUGUGCCAAAAGAACCUAAGGAAAACAAAAAGCAGGAGAACAAGAUGUCAACCUUGUUGUCAAUGAUGACUGGGAGAAAAGACGCACCUAAAACAGAAGUAGAAAAUGUGCCUGAAAUGCCCGUAAAGAAUGAUAGACAAAAGGUUAACAGUAAUGUAAACAUGGAAGUACCACACGAUCAAAGCAAAAAGGCCUCACUGAAUCCAUUCCAGGAUGACCUGAUAGAAGAACAGUCUGAGCAGCCACCUCAGCCUUUAGAGAGAACUUCUAAAACAUCAGCAGUUAAACCCAGACUGGACGUGUCUUCAGAGGCUGAAACCAAAGCCAAGCUCUCUUCUUCAUCUCCGUCUAACCCCUCUUUUCUUGAAGCUUCUUUUUAUGGUGGUCUUAAUGCUCCAUUCACUGCAUCAAAGUUAGACAAAGAAAAGUUUUCUCAAAAUAAGUCUGCCUUAUCAGAGUCUCCUGACAUAUCCAACUCCAUUUCUGGUCCCUCUCUAAAUAAAGGUCUUCUGUCCCCUUCAGAAAGCUCAGCUAUUCCAGAGACCGAGGGCAAUAGUGAGGGAUCAUCUGAACCCUCCGAUUCAUAUGAAAAACCUUCUUUGCCUUUGUUUUGGAGAUCAGGUGUAUCCCAAAACAAACCAUCUGAGCCCAAAGAGGUUCAGGUUGUUGCUCCAUUCAGUGAAAAAAACAAGGUAAAAAAGACAUAUGUAAAAUCCCUCCUUGACCAGAUCAAAGGUAAAUCUACAAGCACAUCUCCUACUGAUGCAGUAGAUGUAGAUUUAGUCAAGGGGAUCUUGCCUAGUCUUCAGGAUACCCCUCUCGACCAGGAUGAAGAUUCCUUUAUGGACCACAAACCAGCUCCAGUAGUCAACAAGCUUGUAGAUGAAGAGAGUGAUUUUUUUACUAUACAUUCAGAUGGACGUAAGGCAGAGUUGGAGACAUUUGAUGGAAAAUUACUUGAUUCUGUAUCCCAGUAUAUGAAAGAACCUCCAAAGCCAUCACCGAGAACCCAAACCCUUCCAAAAAAAGAGGAAAUCGUAGAGGAGUUGAAACCCAUACCCCCAAAACCUGCACCUAGGAGUGCCUCUAAAGCAAAUAAAAUACCUGCGGAAUCUGUGUCUGAGGGUGUGCAGUCUUCCCAGUUAAUGGAUAAAUUCCAGAAUGAUGAACAUGUAAACACAGAGCAGGCAUCUCGUGUUGGUUCUUCAAUGAUUACUAGCACAGUACAGUCAGCCCAGACAGUGGCUAACAUGAAGAUGGCAAUGCCAUUUAAUGAAGACUUAAGUUAUAGGUUAGAUGAACUUCCAGUCAUUCCUGAGAAUCCAGAAGGUACUUCAGAUGAUGAACAGCUUGACAGUAAAAAUGUUGCCAUAGUGGACAACGCUUCAAGGUCUAAAACAUCAGUUCUGCCUCUUGUUGAAGCAACUCCAUAUAUUACAAAACCUACAAAUACUAGUUCUUCAAAAUCUGAAAGAAAGGAUAUUGAUGUUGAGAAAAAGGACAAGCAAAAUGAGGUUACCAAAGUUUUGACAGAAAAGUCCUUCCAUGAUGUUCCAGAUGGUGCAAUGGAGAGAUCUUCUAGUAAAGAUGAUAUAGACCGUAAAGGGAAUGAGAGCAGUGAUUCCACCCACCCUUCUGAUUGUUUUCCUCAUACUAACUCUCUUCUGAGCUCUUCCCCCGUCACCUCCGUAUCUCUUCCAACCACUAACUCUAACACACACCAAGCACAGUCCCCGGCAAACACUGAUGGUUCACAAAAAGAGGAUAACUCUGGCAAGAAGAAGCUGCUCCGGGCAUGGGUUUCACCCUCUGAGACACAUCCAAUCCCUACCGUUCAGAGCAGUGGAGCAGUGUCUUCGAGGCAAAGAACUAAUCCAGUGAAGCCAAUGAACGCUUCUCAAAACAAGCCCUCUUCCACCUUCUCACAGCCCAUCAAAGGUUACGAGAAUGCAUUGAACACUGUCAAGAAAUACGACACCUCUGACCCAGCCUCUGCCUAUGCACAGCUCACACAUGAUGAGCUUAUACAGCUAGUUUUAAAACAAAAAGAAACCCUUACAAAGAAAGAAGCACAAGUGCGGGAGUUGGAGGAUUACAUUGACAAUCUGCUGGUUCGGGUCAUGGAGGAGACGCCCAACAUCUUGCGGAAUGGAGUACCUCUAAACAAGAAGGCUGGCAAAGUUUAAAAUCCAGGCUCACCAACUGGCAAGAACUGACUGCACUGCUCAUUUUCAGUGUGAUAACAUAAUGGGGUCGCACAGCUUACCACUUGGUUUUUGGGGAAGAGCUGAAGUAUAAUCUACCCAGAUUAUGUUAACUAGAAUGAGUGAAUCUUAUCUCCUUAUUGCUUUAAUAGAACGAUUUACGUGUUAAUUUAUCUAAAGGAAUAUUCAACUUUUCCAUUGCUAUUCAGGUUAACUUUACUAACCUUACAAAAUAGCCACGCAGGCAUUAUUUUGUUAGUCAGUAAGAGCCUUGUGCCUUUUUGUGGGUACUGUUGGUAAGUAAACUAUUUACUUAAACCUGCAUGUGGUGGAAUUUCCCACCACUAUGGACUUCCUCUUCUAGUGCCUUUAGACUGUGUGCUUUGUAUGGACAUCCAAUAAUGGUCCAUCAACUCUUUUAGAAUUAAUUAAAUCCAAGCUGCUGACUGAAGAUGCUGUCACAGCAAUAUUUGUUUCACUUUAAUUAGGGUGGUAAUUACUUGGUGAUGGUCAGUGUGCAAUAAGUCUUUACAGGAUGUAUUCAAGUUCAGGGCCUUUCACAAAAGAUACAAUUAUCUGCUAAAUUCUUUAGUUUGGGAUGCCAAACUAUCUUACAUGCACAUUGGUGGCUGUAGAGCCUCCUGAGUAAACUACCAUUAAUCCUGGAAUGCCUUGCUGACAUAUUUAACUCGGUACGUUAAGCUUCCACCUUCUCAGAGACCUCACACGAAGUACUACUUUCCUUUAGAUCAAUCGCAUAAGUAUUUAAAACUAAUAGUCUACAUUUGCUACUUGUAUAUACGUUGGUCUGCAAACACUGUAAAUAGAUCAGGAUAUCUUCCUACUUUUUCACUUGCCACAUUCUUUAAAUUAAGAAUUGUAUAUUUCUAGCUUUUUUUUUUUUCUUCUGUAUUUUUAAAUGAACAAAUUCCUUUCUGUCAAUGAAGACAGUACUUGUGUUGCAAAGACAAUCUUACCAUAGAUUUCACAUACCUAAUAAUAAUAAUAAAUUAUCUUUGGAUACAUACCAGGUCAGAUUACAGAAUUCUAUUACACAUAAUUGAUAGUUAAUAUAUUUUUUGCCAUACCAGGCCUUUAACUUUUCUACAAAUGUGCCACCAGCUUUCUGGUGAAAAUGAGACCUCAUUGUGAUUAUACAUGUACUGGGCUUAUAAAGCCUUAAGCAGUGGAGUAGAAAGAUACCUAUGCACUUGGGAAACAAACUGCUUUGACUAAUCAAGGCUGACUUGAGAGGCUUACACAACUUGACCACAGAGUACCACUGAACUGCCAGGGUUGCAGAAUUUGUGUAACAGAAAGUGAUAUGGUUUGAAGGACAAUCUUAUCAACAUUGUAGAGAGCAUUUAUUUCUGUGCUAAUUUGUUUUUUGACAUUAAGGAAAGUGUUUUUGAAUCUUUGAAGUUAUAUUUGGUUCUUUGUUGAUUUGUCUUUAUGUAUGUGUUUGCCAGAUUCCGCCUUGCAUUAGUCUGUAUGUCCGGUGCAGGAUGUGGUCUAUUAUAAUUUCCCUAAUGUGCAAUUAUCAAGGAUGCAGUGCCUAUUGACAUGGGAAAUUCUGGUGGCAUAUGCAUAUGUUUGACAAAUAUAACCUGCUUCCAAGAAAUAUCUUGCAAGGCGUUUUGAAUAUUAUAAUCCACUGACUUACUGUUUAACCAAUUCAUUUUACAUUAUAUCUUAAAACAUAUCUUAAAACUGUUUUAUCUCACAUGUAGUGCUUUGAAACUGUAUUUUUUUUUUUAAUUUUUUUUCUUUUUUUAAUUGGACAACUCCAAGACAAAUCUUGAGAGAGACUGUGUAGGAAGUGAUGCUGAGAUUUGACUGAAAUAUAAGGUUCAUAUGCAUUCUCCAACACAGAACAAUGGUUUAUUCAUAUCACUAAAUAUUGUCCCCUAUUUUGCCUAAUGUAAUCUUUAGUAAAUUUAGAAUGCUUGCUAUGCAGUCAGUGACUCUUGUGGCCUAUCUGGUAACCCAGUCAAUAAUGGUAAGAGCACUGUGGCUACAGUGCUUCCUUGCUCAACACAAUUGUAAGUAAAUGGUUUAUAAAAAAAUAAAACGUAGAAUUGUUGGUGGUUUGGCGCUUUUAUGGACCAGAGGUUUGGACCAGAGGUUUCGACCUCGGAUGACCACAUUAUCCAGAGAACAAACUGUGGUUUUUAUAGGGGUGGACGAGUGCUGAGACAUGAGGAAGUCAAAGAGAUAAAUGUAUCAUUAGAUGAUGUAUAUUUCUCUACAGCAAUUACAUUAGAGGACUAAAUCAUUUGGAUAUAUUUAAUAUAAUAAUCACUUGAAUAAACAUCUGAGAAAUGUUUUGACAAAUGUCAUGGAAACCUUUAGAAAGACCUUGACAUUAAAGCACUUUCUCUGAUUUGAUCUUCCCACCAAUCACAGUGCCUAUUUAAGUGUUGAAGUUUGUUUUCCAAAGAUAAGAAGGUUUUAAUGUAAUAUUUACUUCACACCCCCCUCCCAAUACAUUCCUAAACAUGAGUGGCAGUGUGCCUUCUAAGGACAGAUGACCUGCUGGCCUCCAGCACUUUAACAAGACUGCAGAUAUAGAAUGUAUACACUGGAAUUUUUGUAGUGAUGAUCUAUUUAUAAAGAUAUUGAAUAUGUAUUUUUUUUGGAUCUGAAAAUGAAACUAUUUACCAUAAUUGUCUCGUGUCUGUUUCUUAGUGUGUGCUAAAUGGUCUAUUUUCUAUGCAAUAUACAUGAGGUUCUUUAAACUUUUUUUUUUUUUUUUUUUACUUACUUGAAAUAAGUGUAACCCUUGCAUGUCAAUCACUCAGACCUAUACACAGAGCAAAUAUAAAUAUAUUAAAUUAAAAUA